CUUCAUAAAACUUUUGAACUUGUAAUUAGCUAAUAUUAAAAGUAAUUAUUAUACAAUAAAAAUAUUGGGAAAUAAUACGGUCCCAUUACGGAACCGUAAUAUUAGAUCAUCAUGUAACCGUCAGGAACAGUUGAUCUAACGGUUACAAACUCCGACGGAAUAGUUCUGUAAUGGGACCGUAGCAUCUCCCAAAAAUAUUAUUACAUUUAGUUAAAAUGAAAUUACUUAAAUGAACAAAAAACAAAAAAGAGCAGAAAAAUUAUAAAUAACAUUAAUUUAAAGUACACAAUUAUAUACACAGAUUUAUUGCCACUACGAUGUCGUUUAGACAAUUUAGUCACUGCAACUGUCUUAAACCCUUCUUGCACCCAAAACCAUUCGAAACACUUCAAACGCAUUAUUAUGAGGUAAACAAACGAUUCUUAUAAUCAUUCUCAUAGUAAUAUUGUGGAAAAGAGAGAAAAAGAUGUCAUCUUUGAUAUUGCGAAGAUCAUGGAACAUUAGAUCACCUCACACCCGGACCCGUUUGUUCCUCCGUUUACUGUCAUCUUCAGCCGAUUCCCAAUUUCAAUGCGCCCCAGUUACCGGUCAUAGCCAGUCAGUUUCAGCUCCUGUUCAUGCAUCUUGGGCUAAGAAAAAUGACCGGUCAUUUUCGCAUUGUAAUGGCCACUGGAAUAUCUCCCGUGGGCUACGGUUCUUGAGCUCACAGGCUGCUGCUGCUGAGGCCGCAUCCACUUGUGAUGGGCUGACGGUGGAGGGGAUUAUUGCCAAUAAUUGGGUGAUUUAUGAUGAGAAUGAGAGUGAUUGGAAGAGUCACGCCUCCGCCAUUGCUCAGUCCAUUCACCUCAUCAAGAAACGCUUAAGAUGGAAAAAAUUAAUGCCAAAGUUGGAAUUACUCUCAGAACAGUUAGAUAAGCCAGACCUAUGGGAUGAUCCUGCACGCGCAGGAAUGAUAAGCCGCGAACAUGGUUCAAUUAUGGGCAAAAUGAAAGAGGUUAAUGCUUUCGAGCAAGAACUGUUGGAACAUAUUGAUAUGAUAAAGCUGGCUCGUGAAGAUAAUGAUGCAGAACUGGAAUCGGUGGGGGCCUCAAAAUUUUCUCUUUCUAGGCACGACUCAAUGAAAGCUCUUCUUGAACUGAGAAGGCGCAUCAAAGAAAAAGAGCUUGAAGCUUUGUUGGCUGGCGAGCAUGACUCUUGCUCUUGCUUCAUAGAGGUUCAAGCUGGAGCUGGUGGUACUGAGAGUAUGGACUGGGCUUCAAUGGUGAUGCAGAUGUACAAAAAGUGGGCCGAAGGUCGGGGCUUUGGAGUUACUGUUGUAGAUGAAAUGCCUGGCGAUAUUGCUGGAAUCAAGCGAGCCACUAUCAAAGUUGACGGGGAAUAUGCAUUUGGAUAUUCAAAAGCAGAAGUGGGUGCGCAUCGUUUAGUUCGUAUCUCGCCAUUUGACAGCAACAAGCGGAGGCACACAUCAUUUGCCUCUGUGGCUGUAAUCCCGAUUCUUGGGGAUGGAUUUUCUCGUGUUCAGAUAAACGAAUCUGAUCUAAAGAUUGAGAGGUUUCGAGCUGGGGGCGCCGGGGGUCAGCAUGUGAAUACCACCGAGAGUGCUGUGCGGAUCACUCACAUUCCCACUGGAGUAACCGCCACUUGUCAAAACGAGAGGUCACAGCAUCAGAACAAGGCGUCUGCCAUGGCCGUGCUUCAGUCUCGUUUGGACCAACUCGAAAUGCAACGGCAGGCCCAGAUAAACUCGGAGCAUACUCAGUCACUCACCGACAUAAAUUUUGGCAGCCAGAUACGAUCUUACGUGCUUCAUCCGUACAGAAUGGUGAAGGAUCAUAGAACUGACUAUGAGGUUUCAGAUCCUGAUGCCGUCCUUCAAGGUGAUAUUGACGGUUUCAUCUUGAGCUUUCUUUCUGUCUCCUUGGACAAAAACGAUGAAGAAGAUGUUUGAAUUCAUAGUGAAUAAUUUGCCUGGCAUCUUCAAGUUUGUCAGAAUCGUUUAUAAAGUUAUUAGGUGAACGCAUGAAAUUUGUGACAACAAGAUACAUUCUCUUUUUUUUUUUCUCUCUCUUUUUUUUUUCUUUUUUU